GUGUCUCCUGACAGCAGAGACCAGGGUGAGCGUGRACAGCUUCCAGCCUUCUGAAGCACGCGCACUAUGGACUGAAGUGUUGGAGAGAAGAAGCAGCGUGCUCACUCCAGAUCRUGCUCGUGUCUCACACCGGCUUUAUCCACUUUUAUUUUUUUCUUUAAGGCUAAGUUUAGGACAGAACAGCAGCUCGUGCAUCAUGAAGUUGGUGUUUCUGUCAGUUUUGUUGACUCUCAUCACUCAAGUUUACUGUGAAGAAAACGAGUCAAAUGAAGGAACGGAGUUCUGGACCAGCAGGAACCAGAUCCAGGAGCCWGCGGACGAGUGGCUCUCCAGUGACCCGCUCAGAACCCUCCUGCAGAGGAUGACGAGGAAGCCUCGACCGCAGCACUUCAUCGGCCUGAUGGGGAAACGCUCCAUGGCAAACACACAAAUCACCCGCAAAA